CGACGCGGGAGACGGGGAGAGGGAAGAGGCGCAUGUUACCCUAUUUCCGGAAGCUGGUGUUUUGGGGGAUGAAGGCACGAGCCCUGGUGUGGCAAUGACGCUGACAACCUACACCUGAGUCACGAGUAGGCUGCCAGUCAAUACUCAGUCACUCAGUCGCCAGUCAGUCAGGGAGUACUGACUGACUGGCUGGCAAACCUUACAGGGGAUCGUAACUACACGACACCGCUACGCAAGACAAAGCAUUGAGGAAGCAGAAAAGGAAAGCAGGACGACAGCCAUCGAGACAUCCCGUGUCCUGUCAUGUAGCCAGGAUGGGGGUGGCGGUGUCCAGGAUGGAUCGAGUGAAGAUGGUGAACGCGGCGUGUCGCAGCAUCUCAGUUCUCCCAGGUUGCGCUGGAGUUCUGUCUGAAGACCGCAUGAGGUCCGCACUGCGACUCCUGUGUGCAGUGCUGCUGGUGUUGGUGGUGAGUGCUGACCUGGCGACCUUCAUCUAUGGCUAUCACUACGACAUCCUGGAGGACGAUGACCCCUGGCUUGGUGCUCAGCUGCUGUGUGGAGGCGGGUUGCUUCUCUCUGUUCUGCUCAUCCCCAUUCUCGCCUAUUUCUUCUCCAUGAGUACCCGGAGUCUUUCCCAGUGCUGGUUCGCGGUGCACAUCACUUGGGGGGACAACUGGGCGCGUCACACCGUGGUUCUCCUUUACACCCUUCAGGUUCAGCCAGUGCUGGACAUUCUCGAGCUGAACGACAUCGUGGCAGACCUGAAGACCGCGGACUACUGGUGGUGGUUCGUCCAGGGACUCCUCCUGGUGGUCUUGCUCCGUGCCCUUGUGGGUUGUGACGCCGAGGAUGACUUAUACGAGGAACAGUCCAAUGAAAUGCCUAAUGUGGCGAGUCACAGUCGCCCUCCCUUAGAAAUAGAAGGAAGCCAAGCGCUAGUGACCCCAACAGUCACUUACCCCGUGACGCCGCCAGCCUUGCCCGCCACGCAGGACUCCACGACCAUCGAGGAGAUCAGCUCAACUAUUGGUGACAUUACCCCUUGAAAGACUUAGGUUGUUUCACACACACACACACACACACACACACACACACACACACACACACACACA